UUUAGUUGUUCUGGCCAUAAUAAAUGGGAUUUGCAUUAAAAAAUCAUAAUAUUUGGCUGUAAAAUAACUUUCAAUACAGUAUAAAACACAAUAAUCAAGUAAAGAUGAAUCUUAUAAGAAGAGGAAUGUCGCUCCUAUCUCUCGGCUUCAAGACACAGUGCACAACUCUCAGAGCAAUUCAACCGGCGGCUUCAACAAAACCAAUCGUGCCAUCGUCCAGUUUUCUAACAGCCCAAACUGGCCUCAUCUCGAGGGCAAUGGCGUCUUUGGCCCAGAUGCACAGAACUGGACCUCACAUUAAGAAGAGGAAAUCUAGGAAUCCGCUUAACGGGAAUCCCUUCGCUAAGGGUGUCGUUCUAAAGACCGUAAUAAAAAAACCUAAGAAACCGAACUCCGCGAACCGUAAAUGCGUUCUGGUAAGAUUGUCAAACGGCAAGGAAAUGGUGGCGUAUAUACCCGGCAUCGGACAUAACUUACAGGAACACAACGUGGUCCUGGUCAGAGUGGGAAGGUUAAAAGAUUGUCCCGGCGUGAAACUAAAGUGUGUGCGAGGCAAGCACGACUUGUCGCACGUCAUCAAACAGAAGGCGUAGGUUAGGAAGGUCACGCUCGCAACGAUCACAAUAAUGCUACUGAUUCUUCUAUUCAAAUUCAGAAUCAUUUAUUUCAACUUAGAUGUCAGCAUAACACACUUGUUGAAUGUCAAAAUAUAAAUAAAAAUGUUAACUCUACCACCGGUUCCAAAAAGAGCCACAGUCCUGAGAAGAACCGGCGAAACAAACUCAGCGGGUAUACAAUACAAGCACGAUUUCGGACUUGAAGCUAACACUUCCGAAACCUACUUGUAUGGUCUAUUGAAUAUCCCGAAAUAACCCAAAAUAACCUGACUGAAUACAAUUAGUUCUAAAAUGACGUAUUGAUAUCUCUCUAUCUCUUUCGCACGCUCGCGUAACUGAUUAUGACGUCAUAAAACAAAUGCAUCUUUUUUGCUGUUUGACAACUCGCAUCGCCCAAUUUGAUAGGUUUUCUAAUUUUGCAUCACGAAUUGAGAGUUUACUUUGUGUUUUAAAUAUUGGUAUUAAAAAUUGUUAACAUUUAAAUGGUUAUAUUUUGUAAAAAUUACUUUUUUCACGAUUAAAAUUUCACAAAGGGUUUCAUAUUUUGUACACAUCUCUUUAUCCUGCGCUCUUAUUGAAUUAAAACAACCGCGCUAACCCGACUUUAUCCGUGGUUUGAAAUGUAACAUUAAUAUUAUCAAUGGCAUAUUAUUUUGAUUGAAGAUUAUUAGUUUUUUAGUGUUUUAGGUGAAUUAAAAGAUUGCUAGUUAAGAAUAAA